UUUAGAGAGAGAAAUAGAACACAGACCAAAACCAGAGAGAGAAAACGGAGCAAAGUUUAAGAGAAAUUCUCACCUUCACCGUACUGUUCUUCUACGUCUCCAACUUUGCCUUUUACUUGAUUUUCCAGUUUUUUUAGGGUGUUCGUCGAUUUGAGCUUUAAUCGAGUUGAGAAUCGAAUUGGAAACCAGAAAUUUGACAUGUUCUACUUCUUUUUCUUAAUUCAAUGAAUCUCAGUUCAUUUAAUCCUUCCUAAAAUUAAGAACUCGAGCUUUUAGAAAGUUACUUCCAGCUUUUUUUUCUCUCGAUUCCUCGCUUUCCAACGUCAAUUUCGCACUACAUUUUGGUUGUGGAGGAUGCUUGCGCGGAUUCGGUUUUUAGAAUAAGAAGAAAUCGAGGUGAGUUUUGCAUCAAUGGGUUGGAGAUCUUUGAGGAGUGCCAAUUUGAGGAUCUUGGCACAGGUUUUAGUCGGAUUCGUGAUCUGUGCAGCACAAGUUCUUCUCGGAAUUACGAAUCCAGGCGAUUUUGCUGCUAUUAGUAGCUUUCAUACUGCGCUGGGGCUCCCCAAUCUUCCUGGAUGGGGCAUUGGGCAAGACCCAUGCGGAGACGCAUGGCAGGGUGUUGUUUGUAAUGAUUCAAAUAUCAUUAAAAUAGUUGUUAAUGCUGCUAAUUUGGGAGGUGAACUCGGUGAUAGCUUGGGAAUGUUUUCUUCGAUCCAAACAAUUGAUUUAAGCAACAAUCAUAUAGGGGGAAGUAUUCCAUCAAGUUUACCCGUUACCAUGCAGAACUUGUUUCUUUCAGCUAACGAGUUCACUGGAAGCAUUCCGAGUUCAUUAUCAUCUUUGAUUCAACUGUCCGCCAUGUCGUUGAACGACAACAAAUUAAGCGGAGAAAUACCAGAUUCCUUUCAAGCCAUUACUCAAUUGGUCAAUUUGGACUUAUCCAAUAACAACUUGAGUGGGCCACUGCCUCCAUCUGCAAGCAAUUUAUUGGCAUUGACCACCCUGCAUUUGCAGAAUAAUCAACUAUCAGGGACCCUUGAUGUUCUACAAGAUCUUCCACUAAAAGACUUGAAUAUAGAGAACAACCUUUUUUCUGGACCCAUACCUGAGAAGUUGCUGAGUAUCCCUAAUUUUAGAAAGGAUGGAAACCCAUUUAACUCUUCUGUUUCUCCGACGCUUCCUCCUUCUGUAUCUCCAUCACCACCGUCACCGUCAAAGCCAGCACCACCACCACCACCAGCACCGCCCGUUCCUGAAGCACGACCAUCUUCUCAACAAAAACCAAAGAAUCAGGCUGAUGGACCAUCAGCGCCUGAGGAAUCGAGCACUGGAAGAAAUAAGAAAAACACUAAAAGGGUUGCUUUGAUAACACUUGCAGCUGUAUUGUCAUUCAUAAUCUUGGUUUUGGCAUGUGUGCUUUUUAUGCCAAGGUGCAGAAGGAGAACAGUUGAUAGUAUUUCCAAGCGACGUCAUCAGAUAGGUGCUUAUAGGGCUGAGAGAGAGAAUGCUGGCAAUGACGGAUCCAUGCGCCCUCCGGUUGAUCAGAUACCUAAAGUUCCAAUCGAGGCAGUAGUAAGGCCGAAGCAGGAAACUCAAAUAGAAGCUCAGAAGGUCCCAAAAGCUCAUGAAGAGAGAGAGACAAACGUGCCAAGAAUGAGUGCUAUUCCGAAGAAGGAUCAUCAUCUAGUAGAAAUGAGCGCACUUGAUGUCUAUCUAAUGCCGCCCCCUCCCCCACCACCUCCCCCUCCACCACCACCACCUCCUAUUGAAGAGGUCACUGCUGUGCCCAGUGUUCCAGCCGAAGUUCUUCCCUCUAAGCCUCCCACCAAACAUAGAACUACCUCAACUUUUGCAAAAUCUUUCACCAUUGCAUCCCUACAGCAAUAUACAAACAGCUUUUCACCGGAGAAUCUUCUCGGAGAAGGUAUGCUGGGGACUGUUUAUAGGGCCCAGCUCCCCAGUGGGAAGCUACUGGCCGUCAAGAAACUGGAUAAAAGAGCUUUCAAUCAACAAAAAGACGACGAGUUUCUUGAGUUAGUGAAUAAUAUCGAUAGAAUCCGGCAUGCUAAUGUGGUUGAGCUCAGUGGCUACUGUGCAGAGCAUGGUGAAAGGCUUCUUAUCUAUGAGUAUUGCAGUGGUGGAACAUUGCAGGAUGCACUGCACUCAGAUGAAGAGUUUAGGAAGAACCUUUCUUGGAACGCCCGCAUUCGAAUGGCUCUUGGGGCUGCAAGAGCCUUGGAGUAUCUGCAUGAGGUCUGUCAGCCACCUGUUAUUCAUAGGAAUUUCAAGUCUGCAAAUGUCCUACUUGACGAUGAUUUUUCAGUCCAUGUUUCGGAUUGCGGUCUGGCUCCAUUGAUAUCAAAAGGAGCUGUUAGUCAGCUAUCAGGUCAGCUUCUAACAGCAUAUGGCUAUGGGGCGCCAGAAUUUGAAUCGGGAGUUUAUACACUCGAGAGUGAUGUUUACAGCUUUGGUGUGGUUAUGUUGGAACUUCUCACUGGACGGAUGUCUUACGACAGAACAAGGACCCGAGGUGAGCAGUUCUUAGUCAGAUGGGCGAUUCCGCAGCUUCACGACAUAGAGGCAUUGACGAGCAUGGUCGAUCCUUCACUCAAUGGUCAAUAUCCUGCCAAAUCCUUGUCGUACUUUGCCGAUAUCAUAUCAAAAUGUGUACAGUCGGAGCCUGAAUUCCGGCCACCGAUGUCGACGGUUGUUCAGGACUUGCUGAGCAUGAUAAGGAAAGAACCAAAUGGCAGUGGUUCAAGUGAAGGUUGAUAUGGUUUUUGAUUAGAGUUAGCCACAAUCCAUUCAACUAAGAAGCAAAAAGAAGUGCUGAAAGAUCUGCCAUGUUUCUCGUUGAAGACGAUGCGAAGAUCUUCGAGCAAAUCUCCGGGGUAACGUGCUCGAGUUUUGCAAUCCAAACUCGCGAGCCAUUCAUUCAUCUUCUCCCUUCUGGUUUGUGUAAGACAACACUUUUGUAGCAACAGAGCUCCAAUUCUUGAGGUGAAUCAUUUGUGAUCAUUCCAUUGUUUAUUAAACUAGAUAGUUACUAUAUGUAUUAUGAAGAAAUAUAUGCUAACCCAUUGUUGGUGUCA